AAUUUGCACUUUGUUUCUUCCGGAACUUUGCGUUGCACUGAGUUCCGAUAACAAAAAUAACUCGUCUGUCAUUCUCAAAACUGUCUUUGUAAUUACUUUUAUGAUGUUUUACACUAUCUGGUGACUUAAUGUUGUUGUUUUUAUUGUUAUUUAAAUGACGUUUGUAUUUAGUUGCAAGCCUCGCGAUAUUUAGUGCAUUUCUGACAGACUGGUAAGGAUGCCACUCGUUAAACGCGUAAAGAAAAAAACGCUUAAACUGGACUGUGAAUGGGGCUCCUGUCAGGAGACUUUCAGUCGAAUGGAGAAGUUCUGUGAACACGUAGAAGCUCAUCUAUCUGCAGUAAACCUCGAUGAAGAUGCUGACGGGGAGAGGACCUGUCUGUGGAGAGACUGUGGCUUCUGCUCCGUGGAGGGGUCCGGAGAGCUAAGGAGACACGUGUUCUUUCACUGUUACCACACAAAGCUGAAGCAGAUGGGUCAGCAGGUCCUCGAUGCUCAACCGGAAGUUGGGAGUUGCUCCAUCGCCCACCACAACCGCAACAUCAUCCCUGAACUUCCAGACAAUUUUGUCUGCCUCUGGGAGGAAUGUGAUCAACCGCCUUAUGAAAACCCAGAGUGGUUCUACCGUCACGUGGAGAUGCAUGGUCUGACUGUAGACAUCCCACAAGGGGAGUGUGAGGUCCCCAUACGCUGUGGGUGGAAAGACUGUGAAGCCACUGCUAAAGGGCGUCCUAAGCUGCGAGAACACCUACGCAGCCACACACAGGAGAAGCUGGUGGCCUGUCCAGGCUGUGGAGGGAUGUACGCAAACAACUCAAAGUUCUUUGACCACAUGAUACGACAGAGUGCGAUGGAAGGUCAGAGGUUCCAGUGUUCUCACUGUUUUAAGAGAUUUGCAACAGAACGGCUGCUGAGAGACCACAUGAGGACCCACGUGAGCCACUACAAGUGUCCCUUGUGCGAUAUGACCUGCCCAUCGCCGUCUGCGCUCCGCAGCCACAUCAAGUUCCGUCACAGUAACGAGAAGCCGUACAGCUGCGACUACUGUGAAUACAGCUGUAAGAACCUGAUUGACCUGCGUAAACACUUGGACACUCACAGCAGUGAUCCGGCGUACCGCUGCGACGUUCCCGGCUGUAGCUUCACCUCCCGUAAUCCUGGCACCAUGAAGAUCCACCACAAGAAAGAGCAUGAGGGGACUUUCACAGCGCGUUACAAAUGUCACGUGUGUGGCCAGUGCUUCACUCGAGGCAAUAGCCUCACCAUUCAUCUGCACAAGAAGCACCAGUUCAAAUGGCCCUCUGGACAUCCCAGGUUCAGGUACAAGGAGCACGAGGACGGCUUCAUGCGGCUGCAGCUGAUUCGCUACGAGAGCGUGGAGCUGACGGAGCAGCUGAUGAGGGAAAGGCAGAAGCGACAAACGGAGGAGGACGCUAGCAGCGAGCACGCUGAAGAUCAGGAGAUGGAGGAGGAGCCCACGGCGGCGUCGGAGGUGCAGGUUGAAUUGCGAGGGGUGCUGCUGGAGGAGCAGAGGAGUGAGGAGCUGACCGUUAGCGCUGAAGAAGGUGUGCAGGAGGAGGGCAUGUUGUACGUCCUCUCAGGAGGAGAGAGUUCUGUUCUGCUGCAGCUCCAGGACACCGCACAGCAGCAACAGGGGAUGUAGAUGGAGCGUUUUAAGAGAAGGACAUUUUACCAAAUUCAUGAGUAAUUAUUGAACUGACUCUGUUAACACUUUAUUGUAUAAAGACAUUUUUGUAUUAAUUAUUUUGUUUACUAAUGUUAAUAUAUCAUGGCUAUUAUUGUAAAAAGGAUACUUUAUAUUUGUGUGAAUAAAAGUAAAACCUGAGAGUGAGA